GGAAUCGUAGCACCUCAUUGCACAACCCGGCUUCCCAACUGUUUACAUAUAAUCGGACUGUGUGUAUACAGCGUGAGUCACUCGCUGGAGGAGGAGGAGGAGGUGGAGGAAGAGAAGAAGGAGGGCACAGCCUGGGAUCGGCGCACCGCACACACACUCGCUCACACUCAGUCACUCUCCCUCACCCAGCACGGAGGCUGAAGAGCGCGUAGGGGGAGAAGCGCCACCAAAAGUUGCCAAGGUGCCUUUGCCCGGAGACUGGCUUCGCGGUUCUGGGUUACUCGCUUGGCCAUCCACUGCCGCUUCCAAAGCUUCGCUCCGAGUCCCCGGCCAGCGGCUCCCCGGACCCGGAGCGUGAGGCGCGCUCUGCGCAGACCUUCCUCCGCCUGGAUUGUCUCUGCGGCGGCGGCGGCAGGAAGCCAUCCGAGCCAGCCAGCAGGGGCCACCGCGCACCGGGACUCUCGGGGGACCGCCUUCUUGAGCCGCCCCUUCGGGGUGCGGGAGAAGACGGAGCUGGCCCCCGGGCCGGCCGGUGGCUCCCCGGCCAGCCUCGGCUGCAACGUGGGCGCCCUAGAGCGGUUCUGGCUAGCUUUGCCCCCCGUGGGGGGUGAAAGCCAAAAGACCUCGAGAGACGCCCCGGGCUCGGCUGCAGCCGUCGGAUCUCCGGACCUCGGGGCCCCGCUCCCAAGCCCUUAUCGGAUCCUGGGAUUUAAAAGCCCUGCUCCACGGGCUCUGGGACCUGGAUGUGUUCCCUGCGCCCUGCCAUGAACCGCAACGUCCAGCCCCGCAGCCCGGGCCUGCUGCUCCCUGCCGCCCGGGGCUCCCCUUCCAAGCGCCUCCUGGACGGCGACGAGGCAGCCGCGGUGGCGGCCAAAUGCUUGCGGCUGUCCGAGUGCCCGAACCCUCCGGACUACCUCAGCCCCCCCAGUUCUCCCUGCACUCCCCCGCCCGCGCCCUCGCCUUCGGCGCCCGGCGGCAGCGCCCCGGGGCCCAGCCGGAUCGCCGGGUACCUUCUGCUGCCCAUGGCAGAACGGGAGCAUGUGUCCCGGGCGCUGAGCAUCCACACCGGGCAGGAGUUGCGCUGCAAGGUGUUCCCUAUUAAACACUACCAAGACAAAAUCCGGCCUUAUAUCCAGCUGCCAUCUCACAGAAAUAUCACAGGGAUUGUUGAAGUGAUUCUUGGGGACACCAAGGCAUAUGUCUUUUUUGAAAAGGACUUUGGGGACAUGCACUCCUACGUGAGAAAUCGCAAAAGGCUUCGGGAAGAGGAGGCCGCCCGGCUCUUCAAGCAAAUUGUCUCUGCGGUUGCCCACUGCCACCAAUCUGCCAUUGUGUUGGGUGACUUGAAGCUCAGGAAAUUUGUCUUUUCCACAGAGGAGAGGACGCAGCUCAGACUAGAAAGUCUCGAAGAUACUCACAUCAUCAAGGGAGAAGAUGAUGCCCUGUCGGACAAGCACGGCUGUCCGGCCUAUGUGAGCCCUGAGAUUUUAAACACAACAGGGACCUACUCCGGCAAGUCGGCGGACGUUUGGAGUUUAGGGGUGAUGCUCUAUACCCUUUUGGUGGGGCGCUACCCCUUCCAUGACUCAGACCCCAGUGCUCUCUUCUCCAAAAUCCGUCGUGGACAAUUCUGCAUCCCUGACCACAUAUCCCCCAAAGCCAGAUGCCUCAUUCGCAGUCUUCUGAGACGGGAGCCCUCCGAGAGACUCACAGCUCCAGAGGUCUUACUUCAUCCCUGGUUUGAGUCGGUUUUGGAACCUGGAUACGUAGACCACGAAACAGGAACGUCAGACCAGAUCGUUCCAGAACACCAGGAAGACAGUGACAUUAGUUCCUUCUUCUGCUAAUCCUAAAACCUCAAAAACCUCAUAAUUCUCACACAUGGCAUUUUUUUUUCUUUCAAGGGUUUCGUCUUUCCAUUUUUAUAGACGGGUAGAGCUUUAAGUAUGGUGACAACCAGAUAAGUGACAAUGUAAAUAAGCACAGCUGCUUUACUCAGAAUUCCUGAUCCUUAUGUUUUCUGUGCUGGGUGACAUUGCUGAGACAAACACUCUGAUUGGCCACCCUACAGAGCCUUUAUGGUUCUCAGGGAGUCCUCAUCUCUGAUUGGUUAGGUGCUGAGAUCUGCACCUUUUGCUGCUGGCAAAGGUUACGGCAGUGGAACAGAAUCACACUUUUACCAUGAAGCAAACUUGAAAAAUUUUAGAGGGAGAAUGAAUGAAUCCUUACAGCGGCUUUUGGUGUAUGUGUGGUCACUUACCUGGCAAUACCCAUAUUUUACCAAUGAGAUAAACUAUUGGUCCAACGAACCCGCCAUCUUUGCUGCUCUUUGGAUAGGUACCCUUUUGCCUUUGCAAGGGGCUGUGCUAUCCAAUUGGAAGUUUGCUAAACCUGCAUCUUCUCCUUAGACUCAUGUACCAACUGCUUUGCCCCAUUCCUUGAUCAGACUGUUUCAGGAAUACAAGAGCCUGCCCUGCUGCGUAAAUCCAGACUCAUUCCUCAAUUUCCUGUUAAGACCUCAUAUACACUAAUGCCUUCUCCUUGAACUUGAAAUGUUCCCCCCUUUCCUUCCUGACUCCCCCAUCUCUCCCUCUCCCUAGCCCUAGCUAUAAAAGUACUUACCAGCUAACCACGGAAAAAAAUCAUAAAAAGCUUCUGAACUCCUGGCUAUUUCAGAACUCUGAUCUCAGACAGAGAGACUGCAGUUUUGUGAAUAAUUUGAGUACUUGGAAGUGGUUAGCUUUUUUGGUUCCUCCCAAGUGCACUAGCAUCUCUUUCUGAGGCCGUUUCAGGGCUGGCCAUCUUGUCCUGGAGGAGAAGGAUCAGGAGUCCCCUGUGCAGCGAAAGUCAAAUAUGUCCUUUCAUCAGCAGGAAAUAUGGAAAUGUUUAGAAAGCGAGCCUUGGGUAGUCUUAGGAGAGCCUCAGACUGGUUUCUAGGAGUGUCCCUUCCCUGUUUAUCUGCCUCUAGCAGGUGUGUGUGUGUGUGUGUGUGUGUGUGUGUGUGUGUGUGUGUGUGUAUGUGUAUGUGUGUGUGUAUGUAUUUGUUUGCAUGAUGGUUGUUAAUAUUUCAGACUUUAUGUGGUUAAUAAAUCCAUGUAUCUGUGUCAUUGACUGCUAGGGUAGAAUAAGUAGGCCAAAUCCUACCUAAGAUUCCUGCUUUAUCUUUCCCGCAUGGCCCUCUUUUUUGCUUUGUCAAGAAAUGGCAACUUGUGUUAACAUAAAUCUAAAUGAAAUCUAAAACUAAAAGUUUUCAGUAAACUCCUGGGACAGUCCCAAAGAUGAGUUGGUUACACGGGUAAAUGGAACAUUUAUGUACAUAUAUAUGCACACACACAUGUGUGUACAUACAUACACACAUGUAUAUAUACACAUACAUGUAUGUGUGCAUAUAUGUGUAUUUUAUAUAUAUACACACACAUACACAUGGCACAGUAACGGCGUGGUCAUUUUACAACAGGGCUAAGCCUUGGCAAGCUGUCCAAUGCCUUGUGUGAGGGUGCCAUGGAUACCUCAUGUAUUGUGGACUUUGUCCAUAUGUUCGACCUUUUCUAUGUGUGUUCUAUGUGUUUUGUUGUCGUCUGAUCCUGAGGCUUUGUCGUCCUGUUUUUCGUCCAUGUCUGAAUAACCAAGGUGUCAAAACAAAGGUAAAUGUGAAUCUUUUGGCAAUACUAACUUGACAGAAUCAUGGGAAUUAGGGAGGAAUGCAGGGGAGGAAUGGAGCGGCCAGAGCCUCUGAUGCACUAACACUCUCGUGGUUGUGCGACAUUUGUGUGAUAUUUGUAUCUGUGAUACAGCCUAUGUGUAAAGAGUCUGUGUGUGCUGGCAGAACAGUCUGCCAGGGAAGCUAAUAACACUAUGUUGAUCCUGUAAAUAUGUAUAUAUGUGAAAAUGGACAUGAAUGUCUGACUUGUAGAGAAGUUUUAAUAAACCUGGUUUCAUAAAGA